AUGCCUUCUCUCAACUCCCUGUCAGGACAUCUUUCGCUGAACGUUCUGUCUAUUAAUGUGAAGGGUCUGAAUACCCCUGGAAAGCGCUCUCUCCUGCUUUCACACCUUUUUAAACAGAGAGCGGAUAUUGUCUUUCUUCAGGAAACGCACUUCCGUCACGAUGCCAUACUCAAGCUUACAAAAUUCGGUUUCCGACAAUUUAUCAUGCUCCUAACCCUCAUGCUAAAUCUAAAGGCGUUUCCAUUUUGAUUGCAAAGUACCUCCCUCUGGUUAUCUUGGAGUCACUUCCAGAUCCGGAUGGUAGAUUCCUGUUUCUAAAAGGUAAUUUUGCCAAUAGGCCCAUCACUUUAGCAAAUCUUUACGCACCCAACACUAGACAG